CGAGGUAGCUAUGACAACGCGACGCUGAGGGGAAGGAGAGGCGGCCAUGGCGGCUCUGCGGGGGAAGAGGGGUCGGGAUCGCUGAAGAGCCGCCGUGAUGUGGGCAUAGGAGGGAUCCAUCUCCAGGGCUUGAUGUGGAGUCCUGGCUGCUCUGUGAAAAGACUCAGCCAUGGCGGGCAAAGGCAAGAAACGCAAGGGUGGGAAAGGCAGAAGAUCCAGAAAGCGUGGAAGGAGGCAGGUGAAAGGAGUGGAUAUCUUCAGCCCAGCUGCCAUGCUCAAUGCUUACUACAUCUCUCACAACGCCGCUGCCUUCCUGGAAUUCCGGGGUUAUCCCUGGCCUGGCUCUCUCAAAAAGAAGGGGAAGAAAAAGAAGUGAAAAUCAGACUCGCCCUGUGAAGACUUUGCUUUGUGAUUAAAUCCACCCUAACCUCU